ACCUCAUACACUGGUGCACUUUAACAGAUAAUCACAUUAUCCAGACAGGUUCUAUUUGCUCAGAAUCAACAGCUUCCUACUUUCAGAAACUGCACAGAAUCUUUGAAGUCUGAAACGAAAAGUCUUGUAGCUUCGGAUGCCGUAACCUUUGCACAUCGUCUUGAAUAAUCUGAGUAUCAAAGCAUCUGGACAACAUCUUGAAAUAUGUAUCUGUUUGAUUCAUUCCAUGUUAUCACAGCUACAGUGGCAUUCUUGACAACUCUUAGUAUGUCUGUAUCUGAAAUAGCAUCUAUAUGCAGAGCUGUCCAUCAGGGAACACCGGGACCGUCAACAACACCUAGAUCAAGUAAAAAAGGCACAGAUGCUAAUUGUGAUAGGGAUUAUGUGAGUGCUUUGCAAGAGGAACUUGACAACUUAAAAAACAACUUGUCUGAAAGAGAAAAAGUUUUGCAAUUAUUAGGUUGUGGGAAGGCUGAAGAGAAGACAUUUUUCACUGGAGGAAAAUUGGUGACCUUUCAGAAUGCAAGGACUGAAUGUGCAAAUGCAGGUGGACAACUUGCCACUCCAGACACAGCUGUUCAAAACAAAGCCUUGCAGGACAUUGUGAACCUUUACAAGAAAGGGGCAUGGAUUGGAGUCAUAGCAGAAUGGAGCAAAAACAGAUUUGUGUAUCUAAAUCGUCAGCCAGUAAGGUAUACAAACUGGAAUAAAGGAGAACCAAACAAUGAACACAACGUUGAGGAAUGUGUAGAGAUGUAUACUACUGGAACAUGGAAUGAUAAGCAAUGCAAUGUAGAACGGCUAGUCGUUUGUGAGUUUUAAAGCAACAUAGCUCACUGUUCUGUAACAUUAUGUCUUGUUCCAAAUAGGAGGGACAUCUAAAGUAAUGCCAUACCACCCCGCAUUAAAUAAUAUGCUUCAUACAGAAGCAGUAAUGUAAUCAAUUUUAUUUUAACUUGAUAAUAAAAAUAUAAAGUCCCCUGGUA